CUUUUCUUUGCUGUUAAGAGUACUUUGUUGUGCGCGUCAGUGGCGUCGUAAUGUCUGGUCGUGGCAAACAAGGCGGCAAGGCGAGGGCCAAGGCGAAGUCUCGCUCCUCCCGGGCCGGCCUCCAGUUCCCCGUGGGGCGCGUCCACCGCCUGCUGCGCAAAGGUAACUACGCUGAGCGCGUCGGCGCUGGGGCGCCCGUCUACCUGGCCGCCGUGCUCGAGUACCUCACGGCCGAGAUCCUCGAGCUGGCCGGCAACGCUGCCCGCGACAACAAGAAGACGCGCAUCAUCCCGCGACACUUGCAGCUCGCCAUCCGCAACGACGAGGAGCUCAACAAACUCCUCGGCAAGGUCACCAUCGCCCAGGGCGGCGUCCUGCCCAACAUCCAGGCCGUCCUUCUGCCCAAGAAGACCGAGAGCCACAAGGCUAAAGGCAAAUGAACAAGCCGCCGCUGCCAGCGCCGAGGACAAAAGGGGCUCGUCUAUUUUAAACCUAAAGGCUCUUUUCAGAGCCACCUACAAUAUCACAUAAAGAGCUGCGAGUCUAUGUAAAUAGCACUUU